GUCGCGCCUGCGCGGCGGGGCCGCGUUGCCAUGAGAGCGGCGAUGGCGCCGCGCUGAGCCAGGGAUGAAUCUAAGCUUGAAGGCCGUGGCUGUGACCAGCUCGUCUGCCCAGGAUGCCACACAAGAUCGGUUUCACGGUGAUCAGCUCGUCGGGACACGAGGAUGGGUUCAGUGCUCGGGAGCUGAUGGUUCAUGCACCGACCGUGAACGGGUGGCGCUCGCCCAGGCUCUGUCAGUACCCCCAGGAGAUCACCCUGCAGCUGGUGGAGCGGUGUCGGAUCCGGAAGCUGCAGCUGCUCGCUCACCAGUACAUGAUUGCGAGCAAAAUUGAGUUCUACAUCAGUGAAAGUCUGCCUGAAUACUUUGCUCCCUAUCAGUCAGAGAGGUUUCAGAGACUUGGUUAUGUCCCUCUCUCAGACAAUGAGAAGACUGAUUUCAGAGCUCGAGAGUUGAAAUCUGUGUACAUGGAUGCAGUUGGCCAGUACCUGAAGCUGAUUUUCCAUAAAAAUUAUGUCAAUAAAUACAACUUGUACGGGCAGGUUGCCCUGGUAGCUGUGAACAUCAUUGGGGAUCCAGCAGACUAUGGCAUUGACAUGAGCGUUCCUACCAGAGAGCAGCUGAUAGAUCACUACAUGGGAAUUAAAUCGGAUGACCCUGCUUUAGAUGGAACUUACCUUGGGAAACAUGACUCCAUUUCACCUCUGGAUGAUUUGGCCUUUGACAUGUACCAGGACCCAGAAGUGGCUCAGAUAAUCCGGAGGCUGGAUGAGAAGAAGAGGGAAGCUGUGCGUCUCGAGUGCUAUGACCAUGCCAAGAAGCUCAAACAGGCCAUUGCAGACUUGCAGAAGGUGGGCGAGCGACUCGGCCGCUACGAGGUGGAGAAGCGUUACGCCGUGGAGAAGGAGGAUUAUGACCUUGCCAAGAAGAAGAAGGAGCAGAUGGAUGAGUACAGGCUGAAGGUGUACCAGCAGCUGGAGCUGCACGACCUCCUGGAUGCACAGCUGCUGAUCCGAAAAACUGAGUUGCCCUUGGGAUCUGUGAGUGGCACUGAGAGCUCCCAGAACUCCCCUCCUGAGCCUGCAGACCCUCCCCAAGCAGAGCCCCUGAGGGCAGAGCCUGUGCUAGAAGAGCAGUUGGUGGAUCCCACUUCUUCUGAGCCUGUUGUUCUUCCCUACCAGACCCCUCUUUCUCCUCAGACUCAGCCCACAACCUCCAAGGAAGUGUUUCCCAAGGAAAAUGUUGAAAUUGUACCUUAUGAUGAGAGACCUCUCCCAACCAUCUGCAAGCAGGUGGAUGAAGCUGUUGCCUAUGUUGAGCCAGAGGUGACUGAGGAGGAUGUGGGUGAUGCUCCAAGGACUGGCAAUGCUGGGGAGCCUGAACAACUCACACAGAAGGCACUGCGGGAAGCCAGCCCUGUUGUGGAAGUUUUUGGAGAGACUUUGGUUUCAGGAGCAUAUUCCAGAACUUGGUCAUGUCGAGAAGAGGCUUUACUGGCUGUGUAUGAGAAGCUGAUGGAGGUGUCAGUGGACACUCCAAAGGAGGAUUUAAGGAACAUGCUGAGGGCUGCUGUUUUCCUUGUGAGGAGGGCCAUCAAAGACACUGUAUCUUCAGUUUUUCAGGCUUCCCUGAAACUCCUAAAAAUGAUCAUUACCCAAUAUAUACCAAAACACAAACUGGGGAAGCUGGAAACCUCUCAUUGUGUGGAAACAACCCUGCCACAUCUGCUCUCUAGAACAGGAGACUCUUCAUCCCGCCUUCGCCUUCUGGCUUCAACCUUCAUCCAGGAAAUCGCACUGUGUCCUGAAGUAAAGCCUCUCCAGAUUAUUCCAGUGCACCUGGCUAAAACAUUAAAGCCAAACUCCCCAACACACCUGGCAAUGAGUCACGUGGAACUGGUGGAAUCUCUCUUGGUGGCCAUGGGGACUGAAAACUCCGGGUUUACUGUCAGCAAUGUCAUGAAGUUUGCCACGGGAGCUCUGGAGCACAGGGCCCAUGAGGUGCGUGAGGUGGUGCUGAGGAUCAUCUUUGCCAUGUACAGGGAGCACAGGGCAGCUGUGCUGGAAUAUUUCCCUCUGGACGACGCCAGCGCCCGCAGGACCGUGCGCUACAAAACUCUGUUUGAGGGCUUUGCCAAAAUCGAUGGGAAAUCUUCUGAGACUGAAGUGAGGGCACAGAGAAAAGCAGCAACAGAUGCAGAGAAACAGACAAAGGAAGAAAUGAAAGUUCUAAAAAGCCACUCAGAAGCUCUCAAAUUAGUGUUACAAGCAGAGGUUGAAGAUGAAGAGGAGAAAGACUCUUAUUUUCAGAAGACAGAGAAUGAAGGUUCCCAGGUAUAUGAAGCUACAGCAGGAAAUAUUCAGGAGGAACUUUCCUCUGUUGCAAAUUACCUGGAUAACUUGUGUAUAUUUUGUGGUGAAAGGAACGAGUCCUUCACUGAGGAAGGGUUGGAUCUGCACUACUGGAAGCACUGCCCCAUGUUAACCCGCUGUGAGCACUGCAAACAGAUGCUGGAGAUCUGCAGCCUGACAGAGCACCUGCUGACUGACUGUGACAAAAGGGACAGCUUUGGGAGGUGCCCACGCUGCAGAGAGGCCGUGCCCAAGGACGAGCUGCCCAGACACAUAAAGAGCAGGAUUUGCAAUCCUGCCAAACCAGAAAAUGUGGCAAACCACUGCCCUUUGUGCCAUGAGAACUUUCCUCCUGGAGAAGAGGCCUGGAGAUCUCACCUGAUGAGCAGAGAUGGCUGCAAAAUGAACCAGAGGAGGACAUCCCUCCUGAACAAAACCAUUCUGCUGCAGCCUGCCAAAGCAUUUGGCCACUAUUUAAAGAGACCAGGUCCUUCAGGAACAAAGUUUCAAUCUCCUUCAAGAGGAAGCAAGAUCAGAACUCGAGGGGCCCCAAAUAAAAACACUGGCAAAACAUACUCCAAGCGAUGACAGGAAAAGUAUUUCUUCCUUUGUCUGAAUAAGUGGGCAUAUGGCUUUUCUGAACUAUUUAAAAAUUGUAGGCAACUUGUAUCAUCUUUUUGUGGGUUGUUUUUAGCCUUGAGCAGUGCCUGGUGUGAUCCCCACGGCGUUGCUGUCACUGCAGCAAAGGGCUUUGCUUUGCAAGGAAUGCUCAUGUUGGAAAUACCAAAUGCUCUGGGACAAAAACAUUAUUUUGACAGAAUACUGUGCUCUCCUUUCCAAUCCCAUGUCAGUAAUUUAAUGGGUUCAAAGACCAUAAUUAUGUCAGGGGAGAGAAGUCUGUUUCCUGGUGCUUGAGGAACAGGAACCACACGUGGGGGAAGCCUGGCCUUGUGUGUGUGUGUCACAUUUAGGGUUCUAAAGGCAGCAGAGCUGUACCCAAAGCACUGCUCAACCCCAGGAAUUUGCACCAAAUGAAAAGCCAGAGGGCUGGCUGGAUGUUUUCCUGGUUGUGCCACCAUGCAGAGGGUGACAGGACAUUGCGGCCUCUCACUGUGCACCAAGUGCCUUAGGAGCCCACUUGGCAGGAGGGUUAAACUAAACCCUCCAAGUCUGU